AUGUCCAUCAUCGUCAAGGGAUUUCUGCUGCUGGCCAUCAUGGUCUGCAUCUCUUACGCCCAGGUAAAUGAAGCAGGACAGCAGUGUCUGUGUCAGCGUGUCAGGAACCGCAUGGAAAAAAGGUCUGAAAUAAAGGACAUCCAGAUCUACCAGGCUACCGUCUUCUGUAGAAAAGUAGAGAUUGUUGUUACCAACAACAACGGCCUUCGCUAUUGCCUGAACCCUGAUCUGAAAGCUGUAAAAAUGAUUGUGACCAACAUUUUAAAUAAUAAAAGAUUGCAGCCACCACUUCCACUGGUUUGACCUCUUCCACUUCCACUCAAACCAAGACCUCAACCCCUUUCUAAUUCUCCUCUUCACCAGCUUGUUAAAGAAGAAGCUUGUUUAAGCUCUGAGCCCUCAACGAAUGUAGAUGUGAACAAGUUGAAACUUGUGAAACUAAGCUAUUUAUCUUGUAUUUAUUCUAAUGUGCUCUUACUACUUACUGUUUAUCUAAUCGUUUUCAUAUUGCUGUUGUGAUCAUGGCCAGGCUGUCUUAUCAGAGGACUACCUUCUCUCCAUCUGCCACUUGGCCUGCCCCACCUUUCCCAGUAGAGAUGUUUCCACUGAAAACAUCCAUUCAUUGCCUCUGAUGUCAGAGGCAAUGAGUGGAUGAAUGGAUCCCUGGUGGUGCCUGGCAGUGGAGUUUCUAUGGUAACUGUCGUGGGAUCCUGCACUGGUAAACACAAGUGUGGAGGAACACAGGCUGAGCAAAGAUGACACCACUAAGCCCACACAUGCAAGAUGCGGGUCAUUUGUUGUUCAUUUGCACUGGAACAACAGCAGCGCCUGAAUAGUGAAAAAAAAGAAAAACACAAGAUCUCUGUGGACAAUGAACGGUCUGGUGAUGACAGGAAGUCACACUGAUAGGCAAACAUAUUAUCAUGAAAAAUACUAGAUUAUUCUGAAUUUAUUUGUAGAAUAAUCCACCUAUUGUUGACAUUUUGAUUUCUAAGAGAUUCGAAUGUAACCACAACACAAAUUUGAAUUUGAACUUUUAAAUCUGAACCACUAGAGGGCAGACUUGUGUUGUUAUCCAUAAAAUGCUUUGCAUAACCCAUCACUCGUUUUAUAACAUCAAAUCCCCUCUAAGCUGAUCAAGCUCCUGCAGUAUUUUUGACAUAGAGGUAUUUGCUAAAUUAGUGUAUUUUUACUUUUAAUAAAUUCACGAAUGGUGUAAGUAUCAGAA